UUAGGGAUUAUAAGGUCCCCAGGGGCGCACUGGAAAUCAGUUUUCGGAACCUCUACUGACAUUGGUGAUGGCUUCCCAGGUCCUUCUCUUCUUGCUUUCCGGGUCCCUGGCCCUGACCCAGACCCAGGCGGGCUCCCACUCCCUGAGCCAUUUCUUCACCGCCGUGUCCCGGCCCGGCGGCGGGGAGCCCCGCGUCAUCGCCGUCGGCUACGUGGACGACACGCAAUUGGGACGCUUUGACAGCGACGCCGCAAAUCCCAGAGCGGAGCCGCGGACGUGGUGGAUGGAGCAGGAGGAGCAGGAGCACUUGGAAGAGCUGACCCGCAGAGCCAAGGGCGUCGCACAGAAUUUGCGAGUGCACCUGUGGACCCUGCGCGGCUACUACAACCAGAGCGCCUCCGGUUCUCACACCAUCCAGUGGCUGUCUGCCUGUGACCUAAGGUCGGACGGGCGCUUCCUCCGCGGGUACCGUCAGAUGGCCUACGAUGGCACCGAUUACAUUGCCCUGAACGAGGACCUGCGCUCCUGGACGGCGGCGGACGCCGCGGCUCAGAUCACCCAGCGGGAGUGGGAGGAGGCCGGUAGGGCGGAGCGAGUCAGAGCCUUCCUGGAGGGGGACUGUGUGGAGUGGCUGUACAGAUACCUGGAGAAAGGGAAGGAGACGCUGCUGCGAGCAGAUCCCCCAAAGGCAUAUGUGACCCACCACCCCAUCUCUGAUCACGAGGUCACGCUGAGGUGCUGGGCCCUGGGCUUCUACCCUGUGGAGAUCACACUGACCUGGCAGCGAGAUGGAGAGGACCAGACCCAGGACACAGAGCUUGUGGAGACCAGGCCUGCGGGGGACGGGACCUUCCAGAAGUGGGCUGCCCUGGUAGUACCCUCUGGAGAGGAGCAGAGAUACGUGUGCCGUGUGCAGCACGAGGGGCUGUCUGAGCCCCUCACCCUGAGAUGGGAAGUGCCUCCUCAGCCCACCACUUCCAUCCUGGGAAUUGUUGCUGGCCUGGUUCUCCUAGGAGCUGUGGUCACUGGCGUUGUAAUCUGGAUAAAGAAGAGCUCAGGUGGUAACAGUGCCCAGGGCUCUGAUGUGUCUUUCACAGAUUCUAAAGCGUGAGACUCCUGCCUUGCGUGGGACUGAGUGAUACAAGAUUUGUUCACAUCUCACUUUGUGACUUCAACAAACCCUGACUUAUCUUCCUGCAACUGGUGUCUGAAUAUAUCUGUGUUCCUAUCAGCGUAAUGUGAGGAUGCGGGGAGACUAGCCCACCCCUGCUCAGUAGGACUCCCUCCCCAUACUGACUUGUGUCCUUUCCCUGAUCAGCAUUCCUGUUCCAGCAAAGGCAGGGCUAGAACUUCUCCAUCCCUAUCAUAACUUUGUGUUGCUCUGAGCUGAGCAGCUUCUCACUUCCCUAUUAAAAUUAGAAUCUGGAUAUGAA